AUGGAGGCGCUCCUUGACUUUACCAAGGACAUUGAUGUUGGUCUCCUUGACCAGGUGGUGCAGACGUUCUACACUGGCGCAGGUGCCACGCAACAGCAAGCCCAGCAGGUCCUCACCCAGUUCCAGGAGAACCCCGACUCGUGGCAGCGUGUGCCACACAUUCUCGAGACCUCUACCAAUGUGAACACCAAGUACAUUGGUCUCCAGAUUCUCGAGAAGCUUGUUCAGACACGAUGGAAGGCGCUGCCUGCCGACCAGCAGCAGGGCAUCCGCAACUUUAUCGUCCAGGUCACCGUCGACCUGUCCAGCGAUGAGGCGCGUAUGAGGAGGGAGAAGAGCUACCUCAACAAACUCAACCUCGUGCUCGUGCAGAUCCUCAAGCAGGCCUGGCCCAAGGACUGGCCUUCGUUCAUCCCCGAGAUCACCCAGUCGUCGCGCACCAACCUGUCGCUGUGUGAGAACAACAUGGUCAUUCUCAAGCUCCUGUCCGAGGAGAUUUUCGACUUCUCUGCCGAGCAGAUGACCCAGGCCAAGACCAAGGCUCUCAAGCAGACCAUCCUGAUCAAGGCCACCCUUGAGACCCUUCUCCGCUUCCUGAACUGGAUUCCUCUGGGCUACAUCUUUGAGACCCAGAUCAUCGACUUCCUGGUCACCCGUUUCCUCGAGGUCCCCGAGUUCCGCAAUGUUACUCUCAAGUGUCUGUCCGAGAUUGGGGGUCUUAACGUUGGCCCCGAGUACAACAGCAAGUUUGUCAUCCUGUUCCAGAUGGUCAUGACCAGUGUCAACCGCAUGGUCCCCCCGCACACCGACCUGGCGGCUGCCUAUGCCUCGUCUGAUGACGAGGACCAGCAGCUGAUCAAGAACCUUGCCAUCUUCCUCACCAACUUCCUCCACUCCCACCUCCGUCUCAUCGAGACCCCCGAGUCCAACGAGCUGUUGAUCAACGCCCACCUCUACCUGAUCAAGAUUUCCACCGUCGACGACCGUGAAGUCUUCAAGAUCUGUCUCGAGUACUGGGCCAAGCUCGUCGCCGAGCUCUACGAGGAGAUCCAGUCGCUCCCCAUGGGCGACAUCAACCCCCUCAUGAACCUCAACCUUGGUGGCCUCGGCGGCGGCCUCAACGGCCCCCAAAGCCUCGGCCUCAACGGCGCGCCCCUCCGCAAGACCAUUUACGGCGACAUUCUGUCCAACCUCCGCCUGGUCAUGAUUGAGAAGAUGGUCAAGCCCGAGGAGGUGCUCAUUGUCGAGAACGACGAGGGCGAGAUUGUCCGCGAGUUUAUGAAGGAGAGCGACACCAUUGUGCUCUACAAGAGCAUGCGCGAGGUUCUCGUCUACUUGACCCACUUGGACGUUGCCGACACGGAGCAGAUUAUGACCGACAAGCUCGCCAAGCAGAUUGACGGGUCCGAGUGGUCGUGGAACAACCUCAACACCCUCUGUUGGGCCAUCGGUUCCAUCUCUGGUGCGAUGAACGAGGAAACUGAAAAGCGUUUCCUUGUCACUGUCAUCAAGGACCUGCUUGGUCUGACCGAGAUGAAGCGCGGCAAGGACAACAAGGCCGUCUGCGCGUCCGACAUCAUGUACAUUGUCGGCCAGUACCCGCGUUUCCUCAAGGCACACUGGAAGUUCCUGAAGACGGUCGUCAACAAGCUCUUUGAGUUUAUGCACGAGACCCACGAGGGUGUGCAGGACAUGGCCUGUGACACGUUCAUCAAGAUUGCUCAAAAGUGCCGUCGCCACUUUGUCAUGCAGCAGGCUGGCGAGCACGAGCCCUUCAUCGACGAGAUUCUCCGCACCCUGCACCGCAUCACCGUCGACCUCCAGCCCCAGCAGGUCCACACCUUUUACGAGGCUGUCGGCUACAUGAUCUCGGCUCAGCCCAACAAGCCGACCCAGGAGCGCCUGAUUGAAAAGCUCAUGGAGCUGCCCAACAAUGCCUGGGACAACCUCAUGCAGCAGGCUGCCAGCAACGUUGAUGUGCUCGGCAACCCGGAGAACGUCAAGAUCAUGUCCAACAUUCUCAAGACCAACGUGUCGGCAUGCACUUCCAUCGGCGCCUUCUUCCUCCCCCAGCUCGGCCGGAUCUGGCUCGACAUGCUUGGCCUGUACAAGGCCGUUUCGGGCAUUAUCAGCGAUGCCGUUGCCACGCAGGGUCUCAUUGCGACCAAGACUCCCAAGGUCCGCUCGCUCCGCACGAUUAAGAAGGAGAUUCUCAAGCUCGUCGAGACAUACGUGAAAAAGGCCGAGGACUUGGAUGGUGUCAACGGCAACCUCAUUCCCGGUCUCCUGGACGCCAUCCUGGGCGACUACAACCGCAACGUCCCCGCUGCCCGUGACGCCGAGGUGCUCAACGUCAUGGCCACCAUCGUGUCCAAGCUGGGCUCGCUCCUUGUCCCUCAGAUUGCGCCCAUCCUCGACGCCGUGUUUGAGCCUACGCUUGACAUGAUCAACAAGGACUUUUCCGAGUACCCUGAGCACCGUGUUGGCUUCUUCAAGCUCCUGCGCGCCAUCAACCUCACCUGUUUCCCUGCCCUCCUUGAGCUGCCCCCCGCGCAGUUCAAGCUUGUCAUGGACUCUGUCGUGUGGGCGUUCAAGCACACCAUGCGCGACAUUGCCGACACUGGUCUCAGCAUUGCGUUUGAGAUUGUCAACAACUUUGCCUCGUCGACGCCCGAGAUCUCCAACUCGUUCUACACGCAGUUCCUCCUUCCCUUGCUCGGCGACGUCUUCUUUGUGCUCACCGACACGGACCACAAGAGUGGUUUCAAGAUGCAGACGAUCCUGCUGGCCCGCCUCAUUGCCAUUGUCGAGACCAACUCGGUCCAGGCUCCGCUGUACGACCCGUCCACUGUGUCGGACCCCAACAUGUCCAACGUCGUCUUCCUCAAGCAGUACAUUGCCAACUUGCUUCAGAACGCGUUUGGCCACGUGCAGUCUGGCCAGAUUUCGUCGUUUGUCAACCUCAUGUUUGAAAACUCGAGCGACCCGACCAAGUUCAAGCUCACGCUUCGCGACUUCCUCAUCUCGCUCAAGGAGUUUUCGACGGGCGACAAUGCCGACCUGUUCAUCGACGAGAAGGAGGCCGAGGCCGAGCGCAAGGCCGUCGAGGAGCGCCAGCUCGCGAUCCGUGUGCCCGGCAUGCUCAAGCCCGCGCAGCUCGACGACGACGCCGAGUUGUAA